GGUACUGAGUGAGGUCUGCGUCUGUGUUGUGUUGUGUUGUAAUGUUAGAAUUGUAUAUUGUGGUCAUGUUACCAGUGUAAUGGAUCGUUGUUGCUGCUGCAGAUGACACGGAGUAUCCUGGGCCAUUCGUUCAUUGGACGUGUGCAUGAUGGCAAACUGGUGUUUACUACCAUGGACCAGGGAAACUAACCCAGAAGAGGAAAAGAAAAAUAUGCCUUAUCUCCUGAUCAUCAACCCACUGAAAGAGAGGCGUGAGUAAAAGAAAAAUUGAAGCUAAGAACAUACCCACCUAACUUCAUAGAAAAAUGGCUUUCUUGGACAACCCAGCAAUUAUCCUGGCCCACAUUCGCCAGUCUCAUGUCACUAGUGAUGAUACAGGCAUGUGUGAAAUGGUACUGAUUGAUCAAGACGUGGACCUGGAAAAGUGCCAGCUGGCUUUGGUACCGGGCAGCAGCUGUGGGUCCGUUGGGUCAGGCUCCCUGAGUGAGGCAGACAGCAGCAUGGGUGAGAAUCAUGGCUGUGAUCUCUCCCAGUCAAUGGACAUCACCUCAAGCUGGGACUUUGGCAUUCGGCGACGCUCCAACACAGCACAAAGACUGGAAAGGCUAAGGAAAGAACGUCAGAACCAAAUCAAAUGCAAAAACAUUCAGUGGAAGGAGAGAUCAGCCUCACAGUCAGUGGAGGACCUGGGAUCGCUGUUUGAGAAGCGUGACUUCAAAGUUAAGCCACGGACCAUAGGGAGCAAAUCUACGCUGUCACUACGGCUUGAACAGUGUCCCCAGCAGCUGAAUAAUCCUUUCAACGAGUACUCCAAAUUCGAUGGCAAGGGCCAUAUAGGUACAACGGCUACCAAAAAGAUAGAUGUGUACCUCUCAAUGCAGAUGGCCCAGGAAAAGCUACAUCCAAUGAUGGUGGUAACCAUUGCUAAUGCCCGUGUCCAUGAUCUCAUUGGAUUAAUCUGUUGGCAGUACACAAGUGAGGGACGUGAACCCAAACUCAACGAGAAUGUGAACGCUUACUGCCUUCACAUUGCGGAGGAUGAUGGGGAGGUGGACACUGACUUCCCACCGCUGGAUUCAAAUGAGCCGAUCCAUAAAUUUGGCUUCAGCACACUGGCCCUGGUGGAGAAGUACUCCUCACCUGGUCUCGCCCCCAAACAAUCCCUGUUUGUCAGGAUAAAUGCUGCUCAUGGCUUCUCUCUUAUACCAGUGGACAGCCUGAAAGUGACCAUGAAGGAAAUUCUCCAGAAAGCACUCAAAAAGAGAAAAGGCUCACAAAAAGGCUCAGGUCCCAUGUAUCGUCUGGAAAGGCAGACAGAGGCCAAUGUGGCAGUGGACCUAGACUGCACUCUGGAGAUUCAGGGCACCUUGGAGUUUUCCCUGGUCAGGGAAAAUAGUUCCAGAGGUGAGGAGAGUUCUGAGGAAGACCCUCCUAUUGACAUUACCACAGUGCAGGACAUGCUCAGCAGCCAUCACUACAAGUCAUUUAAGAUCAGCAUGAUCCACAAGCUACGCUUCACCACAGAUGUCCAGCUAGGUAUUUCAGGAGAGAAAGUGGAGAUUGAUCCAGUCACCAAUCAGAAGACCAGUACCAAGUUCUGGAUUCGCCAGAAACCUAUCUCCAUAGAUUCUGAUCACCUGUGUGCCUGUGACCUUGUAGAGGAGAGGAGCCCAAGUCAUGCAAUAUUUAAGGUGACCUACCUAAGCAACCACGACUACAAACCUCUGUACUUUGAAUCUGAUGCUGCAACUGUUAAUGAAAUUGUGCUGAAGGUGAACUACAUCCUGGAGUCCCGGGCCAGUACUUCCCGGGCUGAUUACUUUGCCCAGAAGCAGAGGAAGUUGAGCCGCCGGACCAGCUUCAGUUUCCAGAAGGAGAAGAAGACUGGGCAGUAGAGAACAGACGCCAGUCAUUCUGGAUGGAAGUGAAGUGAUGGACACGGCCUCACACACAGAGAUACUUGUCACGACAGAGAGAAGGUCAAGAAGAAGCAGCAGAGAUGAAGACAUGAACAGAGUGAAGAAUGGGAAGACUGUUUAUAAGACAGCUUGAAACAUGGUAGAAGAAGAUGCUCUGUGAUCUGAAAUGAGCCUGGAGGACUUUUUUGAACGUGCGGGUGUAGAAAAGUAUGGAUUUAAUAUUCCUUUCCUGAUCACAGACUGUCAAGACUGAUAAGCUCACAGACCUGUUUUAUAAACUGCCUUCUCAUCUCAGCUUCUUCUUGUCUUGGAUGAUGUAUGUAGAAGUAAAACAGCUGUCUCAUGAAUGGCAACAUGAACAUAUGGCCUGAAUCCCUUGACCUGUCCAUAAAUAUACAUCACUGUGUAACUUUAUCAAAUGGUGUGUAAUAACAUAGAAAGGGAACGUAUGCAUUUCCAUACAAGUGCUGUGUAGUGCUGAGUGUAAAGAUAUGGCAGAAGAGGAAAGUACAUUGCUUCAAUAGUAAUGCAGUUCAUUUAAAAUGACUUCUGCUAGUAUGUUGUAGUGAAUAAGUGAAGAAGAAUCUUUCCUCGACUUCUUAACAACCCACCAGACUAUUAACAGCUCUGGCUUAGGUGAUGGGGAAUAGGAUGGACAGGAUCUCUACACACUUUGGAAGAGUUUCAUGAAGAACAGACUGGCAGAUUGUGUCCUGACUCAGCCUGAUUGGCUUGGGAUGAUGGCUUACAUGGUGCCUGCAUAAGAAGACACCAGAGACAUGGAGAGAGCGGGCACUCCAGACACAGCUCUCUCUCAUACGUGGACACUCGGUAAGACAUCUGGCAGAGGUGUCCGCUGAUUCUCCUUCAGCAGAUGGAAUCAUUGAGUAGAUGGGAUUGAUUAGAUUGAUGAGAUGAGGGAGAGCAGCUGUGUGUCCAUAGCUCCUGCUCUCUCCCUGCAGUGCCGACAUGAGCAUGGAGCCUAUUUAACAUGCUCCAAGCUGAGGGAGCUGACUCAGGACCGCUGAUCCUGCAAAAGACUAUUUUACUAGGGACAGCCUAAUUAUAAUUAAUAAGUUAACAACCUAAUCACUUAAGAGAUUGUAACUCUUCAUUUGAAAGAAAAAACGUCAUGUUAUUUAUAUUGGAAAAAUUGUGCGUUUGUCUACGUCAGCCUACUCCCAACCCAUACAAGAGCUGUUGUUGUCGUCGUGUGCGUGGCAUUCAUAAGAGUUUAGCCAUACCUGUUUAGCCUGAGGAAUAAAUCUUUUCAUUGUCCUUGAAUAGGCCCAUGAAACAUCGAGUUGCAUUCAUAUAUUUAAUGUAUUUGUGGUAACAAAAAUUUGGCAGGUUUCAGACGAAUCUACACAAAGUAGGAAAACGACGUCUCUUUUUGUCUUGGUCCAAAUAUCAAGGUGAACAUUUGGAUCUUAGCUUGUUUUAAAUGCUUGGCUUGUUUCCGUCUGAUACCUGCUAGUCACUGCAGUUGUUGGUGAAUGGUAUCGCUUUGUACCAGUUGUGAGGUUCUUUU